AUGCGUGGUUUGGUCAAGAUAGCAUUAACUGCGUUAGUCGGAAUAACGGUUAUAAUUGCUGCAAUUGUGUAUCAGAAUAAUAGUCGAAGGAAACCGGGAAGAAAAAUAAAAAGAAGAAAGACUUCGUCGAGUAGCGAAGGAAUUGAACAGUCAACGGACACGUCGAAGGCGACGGAAAAUAAGAAGAACAAGGAUGAAGCUCGAAAAAAGAAAAAGAAGACGGAGACGGCAAAGGAAUCGACAUCGCACCUUAUCGGAAGUCCUUCAGAAUCGGAUAUGCUUGACUUAAAGGGUCAAUCAUUGUCUUUCAAGCAGUGUGUUUAUGUGGAAGCUGGAACUGAAAAGAGCGAGAAAAACAGUUUGAAUCAAAAAAAUUCGACUGGCAAGUCUAUUAGAGCUGAUGGAUCCUCUAAAAUUGAACAGAAAACACCUUGCGAACCAAUGAUGGUUGGACACGAAAUGAAGCAUGAAUCUUCGUCAGUUGAGAAACCCGAUGAAGCUCCUAAAGCAGAAGAAAAGAAGCCCGACUCGCCGACACUUGAAGAGAAGAAGUCUGUGGAACCAAAUAAAGUAGCUGCGAAGGUUGAAGAGAACAAGAUCAGUGAAGUCAAAACCACUCAAAUUCCAUCACCAGCCACUGAACUUUCCAAAUCCGAGGAGAAUAAACCAGCCGAGCCAAUAAAUGUGGAAGAGAAGAAACCGGAAGACAAAAAACCUGAUGCGCAUCCGCCGGUCGUAGAAGCGCAAAAAGCAGAAGAACCACCUAAAAUGGAAGAGAAGAAAAUAGAAGGUAAAGCCAAUGAAGGCUCAAAGCCUGACGAGAAGAAACUCGAAGAUUCUGUGAGAAUGGAUAAAACGCAAACUGGUCCAGUUGAUGUUUCGAAAAACGAAGAACCAAAAAUUGAGGAAGUGAAAUCAGAUGUAACUCCCGAAGCACCGAAAGUCGAAGAGAAAAAAGCUGAAUUGCCGCCGCCGCCUGAAGCAGCUAAAGAAGAAAAGAAGAAUGUUGAAGCUGCUCCAGCAACUGAAGAGAAGAAGCUUGAAGUUCCAGCAUCAACUGCAGAAGCUCCGAAGGCAGAAGAAGCCCCUAAACUUGAAGAUAAGGCAAAUGAAGGCUCAAAGCCUGACGAGAAGAAACUCGAAGAUUCUGUGAGAAUGGAUAAAACGCAAACUGGUCAAGUUGAUGUUCCGAAAAACGAAGAACCAAAAAUUGAGGAAGUGAAAUCAGAUGUGACUCCCGAAGCACCGAAAGUCGAAGAGAAGAAAACUGAAUUGCCACCAACUGAAGCAGCUAAAGAUGAAGAGAAGAAUGUUGAAGCUGCACCAGCAACUGAAGAGAAGAAGCUUGAAGUUCCAGCAUCAACUGCAGAUGCUCCGAAGGCAGAAGAAGCCCCUAAACUUGAAGAUAAGGCAAAUGAAGGCUCAAAGCCUGACGAGAAGAAACUCGAAGAUUCUGUGAGAAUGGAUAAAACGCAAACUGGUCAAGUUGAUGUUCCGAAAAACGAAGAACCAAAAAUUGAGGAAGUGAAAUCAGAUGUGACUCCCGAAGCACCGAAAGUCGAAGAGAAGAAAACUGAAUUGCCACCAACUGAAGCAGCUAAAGAUGAAAAGAAGAAUGUUGAAGCUGCUCCAGCAACAGAAGAAAAGAAGCUUGAAGUUCAAGCAUCAACUGCAGAUGCUCCGAAGGCAGAAGAAGCUCCAAAGCUUGAAGAGAAGAAACUAGAAGAUAAGGCAAAUGAAGUCUCAAAGCCUGACGAGAAGAAACUCGAAGAUUCUGUGAGAAUGGAUAAAACGCAAACUGGUCCAGUUGAUGUUUCGAAAAACGAAGAAAAGGAAGUGAAAUCAGAAGUGACUUCAGAAGCGCCGAAAGUCGAAGAGAAAAAAACUGAAUUGCCUACAGAAGCUCCUAAAACGGAACAACAACCAAAAGUUGAAGAUAAAAAAAUGGAAGUAGUCGAAAUUUCAAAGACUGAAGAAGAGAAGUCGGAUGAUGGAAAAAAGGGGAAGUCGAGUGAAAAAGGAAUUUCGUCCGAAACAUCAGUGACACCAUCGACAGCGAAACCAAUGGGAUCUCCGAGGCCCUCGAUUGGGACUAUUGAGGACGGAAGAUCGAGUAAGACAAAAUUGUGCCGAUGCCGAAAUAAGAACCAUGGAGACACAAUUCCUGAUGAGAAGCUGCCCAAAUUUGACGAAAAUGCCAAACCGAAAGUCUCGCCAACUAGGGUGAUUUUUUUGGAUGAUGAUCUCUAG